AUGCCUUCGGCUACAAACCAGGCUGGCCACAAUAGUGACGCGCCGCCGACGCUGAAUGGCAAUGUUAAUCAUCCGCCUCACGGCAACAUCAGGAAUCAGCAGUGUCUACAGCAUCAUCGUAUAGAGACGUUCAUCAGCGGACCCGACAGCACGCCUCGUCCCUCGAGUCGCGGGCCCACAAACAUCCAGGCGGCUCACCGGGAGAGGGUCGCCGCUGAACUGGACGCCAUCACAAGGCGCCUUCCCUAA